UAACAUCAUGGCAAAAUUCGAGCAAAUCACAUGUUUUAUAAUUUCCAUGCUUGUAAUAUGCCUACUAACAAGUUCAUUAUCCGAAGCUUCUCAUGAAAAGACACAAAACUGGUUAAACCAUGGUGGGGAUAUAUACAACAGAAGAUAUGCCAGCAUGGAGCAGAAGAUCAGCGUUGAAACUGUUUCGAACUUGAGUUUGAAGUGGAAGUUCGAAGCGGGCAAAGACAUAACUGCAACUCCAGCUAUUUUCGAUGGCAUACUCUACUUUCCAUCGUGGAAUGGAGAGCUUUAUGCGGUGAGAACAGGAGAUGGAUCUCUGGUGUGGAAGCAGAACUUGCAGAAUCUAACGGGGCUAAGUGCAACAGGGUUUGUACCAGGUGUUAACUGGACUGUGUCAAGAGCAACACCAACUAUAGCAGACGAUGAUGUUCUGUUGGUCGGAAUAUAUGGUCCUGCACUUGUUAUUGCUCUCAAAAGAUCAACUGGAGAGUUAGUUUGGAAGACACGUUUGGACAGUCAUAACACAAGUGCUAUCACCAUGUCUGGAACCUACUACAACGGGGCUUUUUAUGUUGGGACAUCUUCACAAGAAGAAAUUCUGACACCUGAAGAAUGUUGCACCUUUCGAGGAAGCUUCUCAAAGCUAGAUGUUAAAUCUGGUGCUAUUUUGUGGCAAACCUUCAUGGUACCUGAUAAUCAUGGAAAAAAAGGAGAAUAUGCUGGAGCAGCUGUAUGGGGAAGUAGCCCUUCCAUCGAUGCAUCAAGGAACCAUGUAUAUAUUGCCACUGGAAACUUGUAUUCUGCCCCUUUGGAAAUACGUCAAUGUCAAGAAAAAGAAAAUAAUGCAACACGACCCACUCACCCUGAUGAGUGUGUUGAGCCGGAAAAUCACUCUGAUUCAAUCCUUGCACUUGACUUGGAUGAUGGAAAAAUCAAAUGGUACCACCAAUUCGGAGGGUACGAUGUUUGGUUUCUUUCAUGCAGCAAUUUGUCAACACCUAAUUGUCCACCUGGUCCUAACCCAGAUGCUGAUUUUGGGGAGGCACCAAUCAUUCUCACAAUCGAUGUCAACAAAACAAAACACGAUGUUGUUGUUGCUGUGCAAAAGAGUGGUUUUGCUUGGGCUUUGCACCGUGAUGACGGCAAGCUAAUUUGGUCCACGGAAGCUGGACCAGGAGGAGUUGCAGGAGGUGGAACAUGGGGAGCAGCAAGUGACAUAGAAAGGGUAUAUACUAACAUUGGUAAUUCUGAUCACAAGAACUUCACCCUCAGACCAUCGAAGAAGACUACAAGAAGUGGAGGGUGGGUAGCAAUGGAGGCAAAGAGUGGGAAGAUCUUGUGGUCCACAGAAAACCCUAGUAAUGCCUCUUCUUAUGGUCCUGUUUCUGUAGCUAAUGGCAUUGUGUUUGCAGGAUCCGUAGAUGUCAAAGGACCUAUUUAUGCAAUUAACGCUGAGACUGGUAGUAUUGUGUGGUCGUAUGAGACAGGAUCAUCGGUGUACGGUGGCUUGUCUGUCAGUGAUGGGUGCAUAUAUGUUGGAAAUGGAUAUAAGAUAGGCUUUGGAUUGUUUCUUGGAAAUUAUACUGCUGGAACUUCGCUUUUUGCCUUUUGUGUCUAAGCAUAAAUUCUGUGGUUAGUUACCAAAAUAAAGACGCAUGAUCAUAUGAUAUCAUGUUUUAUGGUUUUUAUUUGUGAAUAAGAUGGUGACAAAACAACAAGAUCUACUAUAAAAUUGGAGUUUUGGACGCACUUAUGUGUUUUGUAAUGAUAUUGUCUCAAUAUUAUAUAUAUUGAAUGAUU